GACUCAUGUGACCUCAUCUACACAACAGAGCUUUCCUUACAUAGAUAGGUGUUUUAUUUUAGAAACUGAGAACUAAAGAAAUGCAGCGACUACUUGCAUGACCUUACAUAGCACGCAUCCUUCUUUGUUUGUGUCUCCUUUAACUGUGAACAAAAUAUGCCACAAUGUCUGGAGAAGCUGAGGAGAAUUGUUACAGUAGAGCCAGCAAUAUUCUUUUACAUGACCAGCACCUUCAUAAUGCUACCGGCUUAUCAGCGCCUGGUCAUGGACAAGGUUUGCCAAGAACUAUACAAGGACACAUCCAUAUGCAGUAACUCAGAGCAGAGAGAGAAUGAGGAAGUCGAGUCACACUCUUCCUACAUCUUGCUGCUCUACACAGCCAUAAUCAGUGUGUUAUCUAUCCCCCCAGCCAUGAUGUUGGGUUCUUGGUCUGACCAGGCUGGCCGCAGGUCAGUAAUGCUGCUGCCUUUCAUACUCUCACUGCUGAGUGGUGGAGUGCUGUUGGCUAUGGUAUUGGUGCAGAGCCUGAGUGUCUACUGGUGCCUGCUCGCAGCUGCCUUCAUUGGCUUAACCGGUGGCCAUGUUUCCAUCUUUCUCAGCUCUUUCAGCUUCCUAGCUGAUAUUACCAUGGAAUCUAGCUCAAGUCGCACUCUGCGCAUGGCCAUAGCCGAGUCUAUGAUCUUUGUAGGGGGAAUGGUGGGCUUUCUCCUGGGUGGUUUUCUGAUUCAGGAGGUCGGCUUGGUGGCAGCUUUUGGAGCCUACAUUGCCUGUAAUGUUUUAGCUAUACUCUAUAUCCUGCUGUGGCUCCGAGACCCUAAACCAAUCAACAGCACUUUAAACAUCUUUGCUGCUGAAAAUGAAGGGCAGGAGUCUGGAGUGGUAUUCCUGAAGUAUGCCAGGCUGUCAUUUAGGGCAGUAUUCAAGAGAAGGAAUGGUCAGGAUAGACUAAAGCUGCACCUUCUCAUCCUGUGCACCUUCAUAAAUAACCUGGUAUCUGUUGGGGAUAAUUCUGUCUUACUGCUCUAUUUGAUGUAUGAGCCCAGAGAGUUCACAACUGCAAUGUUUGGAGUGUUUAACUCUGCCAGAAUGUUCUUGUUGGGUGCUGGUCUCUUGGGCCUGUUCCCUUUGCUGAUGCGUUGCCUUAAGGAGAUGACGUUGGCAAAACUCAGCGUUGUGUUUAGAGCUGCCUCGUAUGUCCUGCUGGCUUUUUCCACCAACACAUGGAUGGUCUGCUUGGUGGCUGUAGUGGGCAUGCCGGGUGGGAUCACACAAGCAGUGAUUCGAUCAUUGUCCUCUGCUAUUGUGGAACCUGAUGAACAAGGUGCCAUGUUCUCCUUCUCGGCUUCAGUGGAGGCCACUUGCAUCCUCAUUGCUGGCAUCAUAUUCAAUGGCCUGUACCCUCUGACCCUGCCUACGUUUCCAGGCAUGCCCUUCAUAAUAAUGGCUACUUUCUGCAUCAUUGUCUUGAUCCUUAUGCAGUGGAUAAGUGAAAUGCCAACCACUCAGCCUCGCCUGAUGCUGCAAGACUGAGAAUAUCUCUCACCGUCAUCCUGUACUUACUGAAAUUUGAUAAUGUACCUAAGAUCCAUUGAUACAAUAACAAAUCUUAUUCUCCACAAGACCCAAACAUCACUAAUUCUGUUCCACUCUGUUGCAAUAGUGCAACAUGUAAUGUGGAUGUACAAUAUAGUAGAAAUAUAAAGUAAUCUUUUUUAAACGUAACUACAUUAUUCACCUCAAAUGCUUCUAAUGAAACUAAAAAAAAAACAAGAGAAAUUUCCCACUCAGUCUCAUAUGUAAUUAUCAUAUACUGAAUACCAGAGAUGGGGGACUCGAGUCAUAUGACUUGACUUGAGUCGGACUUACAGUAAGUCGCAAAUUUGAGAGUUGAGACUUGCUUGACAAAUAUUAAAAAAAGACUCGACUUGACAUUCAUGACUUGAGACUUGACUCGGACUUGAGUUAAAUGACUCGAAAUAACUUGUUUUUCGUUUUUGUUUUAUCUUUUUUGUCUAUUUUGUUUUUAAAUCUGUUUUUAAACGCACGCAAGAGCGUAAUCUAACCACGUGACGCAGCAGGCACGCAGAGGGAGCUAACUAAUAAACCUUAACAAUCGUGAAGAAACAUGGAAGGCGCCACAUCAAAAAUAAUUAAGUUCGGGUACCGGGAUUUUGUGCAAGAUGAGAAGAGAAGAACAGAAGUAUGCGACCACAUCGCUCACAAUCGAAUGACAAAGUUCUAUCAAAUCAAUUUUUUUGCAAGCGCAAUGUAGUGUAAAUGGUUGGUCACUGUUUAUGUGGAAUGUCAGCUUUUUUGCAAUAGCACUUAUAAUUGGUCUUCAGUGUUAGGCUUUGAGUGAAAAGCGUAUGGAUCGUUUAUGGGGAUGCACAUAUAUAUAUAUAAAACAUAAAUAUAAAUAUAAAAAUAAAAAACUUCGGAGUUGCAAGCAGAGCCAUAUUCUUGUCUCGCAUGCACACGCACACACAUUCAAUUUAAAGGGAUAAUUCACCCAAAAAUAAAAAAAAUAUGUUAUCCGAACCAUUCAUGAGCCCCAUUCACUUCCAUAGUAUUCUUUUUCCCCACUAUGGAAGUGAAUGGGGCUCAUGAAUGGUUUGGUUACAAACAGUCCUCAAAAGAUCUACGUGUGUGUUCAUCAUUCAUUCAUUCAUUCAUUUUCUACCGCUUAUCCGAACUACCUCGGGUCACGGGGAGCCUGUGCCUAUCUCAGGCAUCAAGGCAGGAUACACCCUGGACGGAGUGCCAACCCAUCACAGGGCACACACACACACACUCUCAUUCACGCACACAAUCACACACUACGGACAAUUUUCCAGAGAUGCCAAUCAACCUACCAUGCAUGUCUUUGGAGGAAACCGGAGUACCCGGAGGAAAACCCCGAGGCACGGAGAGAACAUGCAAACUCCACACACACACAAGGCGGAGGCGGGAAUCGAACCCCCAACCCUGGAGGUGUGAGGCGAACGUGCUAACCACUAAGCCACCGUGCCCCCGUGUGUUCAUCAAAACAAAGAAAUUUAUUCAGGUUUGUAACAUCACGAGGGUGAGAAAAAGAUAACAGAUUUUUCAUUUUUAGGUGAACUAUCCCUUUAAUUAAUAAAUUAAACUCACUCCAAUCAUCUCUCUCUCUCUCUCUCUCUCUCUCUCUCUCUCUCUCUCUCUCUCGCUCUCUCUCGCUCUCUCUCUCUCUCCAAUAG